UCACCAGGUGAACUCUUACCGGGGGGUUCAGUAUCGUCUUCACCAUCCUUCAACUUCCUGACACGGUUGCCAUGAGUUAAUGUUAAAUAUUAAAAGAAAAAGAAAAUAAAAUAAACACGUCUGCACUGAAUAAUUAAUAUCUACGUGUAUCCAUCACUGAACCGUAUAAUUAAGACAUUUAUAUUCGUUUUUUUUUAUUUUUGACAAUCAGUUUCGUGGUUUGUGUUGAUCGUGCUGCACUUAUAAAAAAAUGAAAUAAACCAGUGAGUGAGUUUUCAGGAGUUCAAUGAUAUCUUCUACUACCGGUUUGUAUUUAUUGUUAGUUCUUUUUAUAUUAUUCACUUUUUCCGAGGAAAAUGAAAUGGUGGAUUUCGUGGGGAAGAAAGACGAAUGAAUAGGAGGAAUGUUUCGAAAGACGUUGGUAUAGACGAUCAGCAGAACUGUAGUUAUAAUGAAGACAUUUGAAACCGGAUGUUGGUCCUGUCUAGCAUUGAUUGCUGUAUUACUCAUAGCACACGUCGACUCAGCAAAGCAAAAGCGACAAAUAUUCAGGGAACAAGUGUUACCAGCGUUAGGUGGUAAAAUUCCAGAGGAAGCUUUCAGGACCGAUCGUUUGGCGUUAAAUCGGUUGAACAAAGAAGGCAUCACCGUGCCUGACGGCGUGUUCUUAGAUGCCCGACAUGUACAUAAACAUACGCAACAUGUUCAGACAGUGCCAGAAGCAAUAAAGGUAUAUCUGACACCGGACGGUCGAUACGUGCCGCCAGAAGGGCAAUUCCAGUACAACCAGGCUAAAACGAUCGACACGACAUACGUUAUCCGUGCCCCUCACACGCAGACCAACAGCCGUAAACUCUCGAGCAACUUCGCCAGCAAUAAACAUCGAAAUUUCCAGAAAUCACAAAGUUACUCGAACUACAAGCAAAUCGCUCCCAUUAUAGUACCAGCGUCGCCUGGAAUUUAUACACCCAUCGUGACACCUUUGGUGCUACCUGGUAACACUGAUUUGCUGGACGAAACUUAUUUACCAGCUUGGAACGUUCGAUACGAUUGGGAGGCUGUCUACCAGCCGCUGGAUGAUUAUUUCGUCAACAACAUUGCACUGUUCAAUUCCCAUCAGAUAAUAAGCGACUACCAAGGAUUCCUAAAUAAGUUUCACGAACGAUCUUCGAGACACAUCCAGCCUUACUCGGCGAAGUCGAAUCGUAAUAAUCAUCCAUCAAUUAGGAAACAAGAAGCAAGAAACACUGGUGCCAAUUCGAAAGCAACGUCUUAUCAGAAUGUACAAUUCGAUGUCGAUAAUACAGUUUCUCGUUACACGAAUCUCACUAGCAUUCCGGAAACUAAUUUCGCAUGUAAUGGCAGAAGGGGUAUGAUUGCAGACGUUGAAACUUAUUGCCAGGUUUUCUAUGACUGCUCUAGUUGGUCGAGGACUGCUACACUUUGCCCUGCAGGCACUGCAUUCAGCGAAACGAAGAAGCGUUGCGAAUGGUGGAGUACGGUACAAUGUAAACGAGAAAAUCAAUAAAUUAUAUCUUAAACUCUAUUCAAGCUGAUAAGAUGUGUAACAAUAGAUAGAUUAAUAUACUUACGUUGUGUGACCACUCUGAUCUAAGUAAUAAAUUUACGCAAAGAUUGUAACAUAAAAGAUGUCUGGAACAGUAAAGGAAGUUUAGAUUUCCUAAAUUCUGUAGUUAUUUCAACUAUUAAUGUCAAUGCUGAUGGAAAUUUUAAAUUAUCCUUAUAUCGCAAAAGAAUUUCGUAAAACGAGAUACAUAGUUUGAUAAACGUAAAUAUUCGAGUACAUUUUGUUUAAAAAUGGUAAGAGGUAUACUAAAAAAUACCCUUGUUAUUCAAGUGUCAUAAGAAAAAUAAUAAAAUGAUAUAAAGUGGUAUUAGCAACAGUAGCAAAUUAAUCUUACAAUUUUUCGAUUUUCCUUCUAUCACUUCCUACACUGUAUAUAUUUUUUAAUUCAAAUCAACUAGAUUAUAUGUGUUAUAAAUAUUUAACAGUUUAAACAGUAAUCCCACAGGACUAUUAAAUUUCAAUGACUUCGUUAUAUAAGUAUGUACAUUGAGAGAGGAAAUUGUUCCACUUAAAUAAUAAGGAUAUUUAGUUACAUGAAUUUCAGAACAGAAGCAUAACUUGGAUUUACAUAAUUUAUUCCCAACGUUUCGUAUUUACCAUAUAAAAAAGUUACUUACUAAAUUUCGUAUGAAUUUUCUUUUAUACCGUUACUCGAGUGUUUGCCAUGACAAAUGUGAUUUUAUUUUAUACUUUCAUAACAAUCCUUUUAUUAACCAUAAAAAUCUGUAUAUACAUAAUGGUUAACAUAUAAAUACAAUUGCUUUUCGUUUGCAUGCAGUAGAAAGUUCAUU